AUGCCGGGAGUCUCCAAAAAAGUCUCCAAGACGACCCCGCGUCCCAUUCCUGGCCGUGACACGGACGGGCACACGUACAAGUCUGCCGAGGACAUGUGGGCCCGCGAAUUGCGUGGGGACCUGUACGACGCUGAAACAGGGUGGUACGGCAAGUCUUUGCAGUAUUGGUCAAAAGUGCCGACGACUGUAAGUGGUGUGCUGGGGGGCAUGGAACACAUUCAUGAUGUGGAUCUCAAGGAGUCGCGGGAGUUUAUAACUUCCCUGCCCGACCGUGGCACUGCACAUGCGUUGGAUUGCGGUGCCGGUAUUGGUCGCAUCACGAAAUGCUUACUCUGCUCCUUGUACGCGGUUACCGAUCUCUUGGAGCCGGUGCCAAGCAUGCUUGAGAAGGCCAAGGAAGAGCUCAAGGGGUAUCCAGUGGGGGAAUUUUUUCUUUCUUCCAUGGAAACAGUCCAGCUAAAGCCAAACACAUAUGAUCUGAUAGUUAUUCAGUGGACAGCAAUUUACCUAACGGACGAUGAUUUUGUUAAUUUUUUGGCGCACUGUAAAACCGCACUUACGUCUAAGGGGUAUAUUUUCUUCAAGGAAAACUGCUCCUCUGAUGACCAAUUUGUCGUUGACAAGGAGGACAGUAGUUUGACAAGAUCUGAUGCGCAUUACAAGCGGAUCUUCGCCGCGGCGGGGGUAAAGGCUGUGAAGGAGACGAGGCAGAAGGACUGGCCAGAGGACCUAUUCAAGGUGAAGAUGUACGCUCUGCGUUAA